AUGAGGCAUCUCUCAGCAAAGAUUUUUCUGCUGCUGACUUUCUUCACAGACAGCUUUCCUCAUUUUGCUUCAGCCGCUCCUCCCUUCUUCCGAAAUACACAGUCUGAUGCAGAAGCUUUUUCUCUUAGAGAUGUUAUCGUACCCGGCGAACAAGCAGGCGAUAAUAAUCCCAUUGCUCGGAAAGGGGAUGGCUACUCCUUCAGCGCCCUUACAGACUUUAAGAGACUCGAAGCCAAGGGAGUUCGAUGGGAAUAUGCUCACUUGCGGCCUGCACCCGAACCUUCCCCAGUAGUGUUGCCUGUUUUGCGUCCACCUCCUGAUCCUCUUAAACCGGUACCAAAGGAACCAGAUCCCAUUGAGACCCCAUCCCUACCUGGUGCCUGGAAACCUAUCAGCGAGAGUGAUAAUCCACCCGGAUUACACGAUGUUGAUGCCCCACCUGUGCAUAGCAGUGGUUUAGGUGAACCCGCGAAGGCCAUGGAGUUCUAUGCCGAAAAGGGGCGAAAACAACUCAAUAUCUACGAACGAAUAGUGAGGAGCAACAGGAAAGAUACCAAGACUGUCCUAACCAAGGAAGAUCUUGUGAAAUAUAACAAAGGCAGUGCCUUCCUUGAUGUCACCAAAAAUGCUGAGUAUUUGGUCUGGGAUUCAGAAAACUGGAUUGACGAAAGUUUUGCAUACUUGCCAAAACUCUAUAAGUCUGAUGAGAUUGGCUUUGACCUCAACCGUGUUCCCAUUUUGACAACGACAUCAGUCUACACUGCGGACAAAAUGGGACUGGUCUGUGAAACCACCUUCGCCGACAAUGGACUGUUCAUUAUAUAUCAGCAUGCUUACAAGGAAAAUGACGACGUGGGGGAGAUUCCAAUUAAUGAGAUACAAAUGCAGACUUUCUUCGACGCAAGUAAGGGAAACUCCAGAAGUUUCAGGGUAGCGUUCCUCGAAAACAUCCAGAACAAGGAAUUCUGGGCCAUAACCAGAGAGAACUACAAUGAUAUGAGGCAACCAUACACCAAAGUCCUUACUUUUGAACGCGGAACUCCUCAAUUCGACAGGUACAUAGGUUCUCCGAAUAUAUGGAGCAAGUUCUGGGGUUUUGGCAACCAUCACAAUGCUCUCGGUAAACCGAUUCUUAUGAGGAUCAUUGUUACACCGGCUCAGGUUUCUAACGCUUUUGGGCUGGGUGCUGCUAUCGUGUUUAAGAAAGGCUAG